UACAGACUGCUCGGCGGCGAGCAGCACGCGCGCAACCCGGGGAUGCUGGAGCGGGCGCGAUGGCUCCCGCCAUGCAAUCUGCCGAGCUCCAGUUCGCCCAGCGGCUGGCCUCCAGCGAGAAGGGUGUCCGAGACCGCGCAGUGAGGAAGCUACGGCAGUAUCUCAGCGCGAGGACGCAGAGCGACUCAGGAGGUUUCAGUCAAGAAGAACUCCUAAAAAUAUGGAAAGGACUCUUCUACUGCAUGUGGGUACAGGACGAACCCCUUCUGCAGGAGGAGCUAGCGAACAUUAUUUCCCAACUCAUCCAUGUUGUUAACAGCUCAGAGGCUCAACACCUGUUCAUUCAGACCUUCUGGCAAACCAUGAAUCGAGAGUGGCAAGGGAUAGAUAAGCUGCAUCUGGACAAGUACUGCACGCUGAUCCGCCUGGUCCUGAGGCAGUCCUUUGAAGUUCUCAAGCAGAGUGCCUGGGAAGAAAGCCAAGUCAAGCUUUUUCUGGACAUCCUGAUGAAGGAGAUCCUGAGUCCUGAGAGCCAGUCUCCCAAUGGAGUGAGGUCCCACUUGAUUGAUGUUUAUUUGGAUGAGCUUUCCACUGUGGGAGGGAAAGAGCUUUUGGCGGAUCAGAACCUCAAGUUAAUUGAUCCAUUCUGCAGAAUUGCUGCCAAGACCAAGGACCACACACUGGUACAGACUAUAGCUAGGGGUGUUUUUGAAGCCAUUGUAGAUCAGUCUGCUUUUGUACCUGAAGAGACUGUGGAGGAGCAGACCAAAGUGGGUGAAGGUGGUCGCUCUGCCCAAGAGAUCCCUGCAAACAAGCUGGCCUGUAGAAAAGCAGUCAGUGGAAAGAAGGCUGCACUGGGCAGAUGCCUCAGAGAUGGAGUUCUUGGCAGCAGAGAAAGAGACAGCUGUGCAGCCUUCAAGGAUUCAGGGUCACCUCUCCAGUUCGACUAUAAGGCUGUUGCUGAUCGACUCUUGGAGAUAGUCAACUCGAAGAGCACUCCUCCUUUCAACCGGAAGCGGCUCUGCAGGCUGAUCAGAAAGUUCCAGGAUCUCUCUGAAGGCAAUAGCAUUCAGCCCAGUUUUGGUGAGGACAUUACUGCUGAUGAAAAUGGUCAAGCCCUCGUUCAAAAAAGGCACAAGAAAAAGAGAAAGAAGCUUUUAGAAAGAGCUGCCUUGGACAGGGAAAAAGGAAACACAGUCUCUCCUGAUGGUGAGGAGGACAUUGGAGGCAACGUUCACAAGAGAAAAAGGAGAAAGAAGAAGAGGAACCACUUCCAGGCUGAGACUCAGGGCCUGGAUGCUGUUGCCAUGCCCCCGGCACAGGGUGCUGACAGUGAACCUGAAGUAGAGGCUGCCGUGUCUACCAUCAAGGAGAACAGCUCUGAGCCAACACCCAUCUUACCCACACACAACAAAAGGAAACGGCUGAGGAAAAAGAACCUGAGGAUCCACAGAGAGAUCUGGAAAUCCACCGCUUUACCUCAGGAGAAUGUGUCAGAGAACCAUCCUGUCAUUGGGCAUCCUCAGAGCUCUGCUGCCCAAGUGUCUUCCUCAGAAGGUGUCCAAGCCCAGAAGAGGAAACGGAAACUUGGAGCUCUCCCUGUCAACAAUGGUGGCUUGACUGUGCAGAAGGCAGGCACCCCAACAAGCCCAGGGGAAGAGAAAGAUGGCCAGUCCACCCUGCCCCAGGGCAAGAGGCCACAAAAGAAGACAGUGUCCUGCAGUCUUAACCUCUAUGAUCUGUCUAGUCAAAAAACAGCAAUCUUAAAAAAGAGGAAAAAAAUGAAGCGGAUGUCAGACUUAGUAGAACACAACGGAGUGUUGGAGUCCAGCGCCAGGCAAAUCCAAGCUCUGGGAAGCAACAGAACUUUGAAAAAGCCAGUGACAACAGAAGAUGACUUUGUGAAGUUUGACACCCACUUCUUACCAAAGCCCCUGUUCUUCAGGAAAGCAAAGAGCAGCUCUACCAUCUGUCCCCGAGGUCCUGCUGUCCAGCUGAAUAAAACACCCUCCAGCUCCAAGAAAGUCACCUUUGGAUUGAACAGAAACAUGACCGCAGAAUUUAAGAAGACAGACAAGAGUAUCCUGGUCAGCCCCACAGGCCUCUCCAGAGUGGCCUUUAACCCUGAACAGAGGCCACUCCAUGGAGUGCUGAAGACCCCAACCAGCUCCCCGGCCAGCACUCCUCAAUCAGCCAUGAAGCUACCAGCCACCACUCCAAAGAGAAGGCCAAGGGCUGCGGACUUCUUCUGAGAGCCAGAGUCCCUUUUUAAAGACUGCUUUUAUACUGGAUAUUCUAUAAAUUAUAACUUUUAAA